CGUGUAUUGCCUCUGUUAUGUUGGCGAAUUACAAUUACAAUGUUGAGACGAUGAUGUUACGUAGAGUAGGUAUUGAAAAUUUUAUUCUUCGGGAUUGGUCAUUGACCUGAAAAAGCGAUUUGUUUGAUUUUAUUCUAUUCAUUUUUUGAGGAGAAAUUGCGAGGAUUUAGACACCUUGUUGAUAAUGUUUGAUGUGACGAAAUUUUUACGCUCGUGGCAUGAUUUUUUUUAACUUGACUAAUGAAUGCAUUUGAACUGAAGCGUCGCGGAUAAAAGGUAUUUAAAAUUUGGCGUGUGCGUUAGUUCGUCAGAAGACUGCGAGAGUAGCAUUCAGUAGAGUAACGAGAAUACGACGUGUUUUUGGAAACAGUUCAGAUUACCAGAAUAUAUGGAGAAAAACUCGCGAAAAUUGACGAAUAAAUCGAGUAAAACGAUACCGUACGAUUAUGAUAGGUACUGUUCGGGCAAAUACAUACGGUGUGGUCAAGAAGAGAUUUUUUCUCUCGUACGAGUACGAGUAUAUUAUACUGGUAGUUGAGGGUUAUAAUGGCAUGUUUUAUCGCGACAUAUAUUUUUCGCUUUAAUUCGUAUUUAUUUAAUUUCGCGUAUACAUUUUUGGUGACUCGCCAGCUCGUUGAUUUGAUCUUCCGAAUUCGUAGGCACUUUUCCAAACAAAUGAUAUUUUAUUCUCGCGAGUACUGCUAGUACAUCGAGAAGUUUGGCGUUAAUUGCGGAGCGGUGGCGAACAGUGUUUUAUUUCGAGUAAUACUCGUAGUGUGUCUGUGUACGUUUACUUUCGACGACUGAGGAGACUGAAAACGAUUUUUCGUUGAUUGUUCGAAUCGAGUCGAGUCGAGUUCUCAUGUAAUACGAAACCUGCGGUGCGGUGUUGGUGUCGUGUGUGUGCCAUCAGCCAAUCAGCCAUCAUGGAUCAAAGAAACAACGUCGAUCGAGAUCUCAUCAUCAAAGCUAGAUUUCGAUUCACCAACGAUCACGAUGAUCGAGAAGACGAUUCGCGUACGACGUAUUGGAACGAGUUGAUGUCGAGCGAUGACGCCAAAACACCUUGUUACGCUUUUCGAAGGGGUAACAUUCUAUUCACCACCAUCCCUCCUGCCAGACAGCCACCUCCGAUACAGAAAUCCUGCACGAGUACGUGUAAAAUCAACCUCGCCGUCGCCGAUCGAUCGGAUAAACGACACGGAUCGGAUUUUUGCGAAGUUUGCUGCGGUAUCAGAAGCCCGAGUUUUUCCCGUAGAGCUCACAGUUUUACAACACAUUUCUGUACCAGAGUUCCUGCGAAGAAAAACAUCAACUCGGCCAAUUCCUCUUCCGAUCAAAGGUCUAAAAGUACAGAUAGCAGUAUUAGUUCCUGCAGCGAAUCAGGCGUUAAUCGCAAUUUCGGCAAUUUACUCAGUAGUCGAGGUCAUAUUUCACGAUUGUCUGCUUACCUGAAGAAGAAUGGGCCGCCGCUGUACGGUCAGAAUGGCGUUUACGAGGAAGCCACGUCUAGCGAUUACACAUCGGAAGCUUCGUCCAGCUGCGACAGGAAAUCGAACAAUAAUAAUUUGCAAAUACGUUCGGGUUGCGAUAAAUGCGGUCUGUCUUCGACCAACAGCAACAGCAAUAGCACAUUGGCGACGAGCAGAAGCAGAUCGUCGGCUGUGACCGAGUAUUCGUCGUAUUCGUCUUCGUAUCCGUCCUCGUGUAGUUCUUAUAUGCCAUUUUUUUUAGACGAAAGUUGCAGCUCGUCCGUUUGCUGCGAUUGCAGUAGCGGCGGCGCUAAUUCGACGCUUAGUUCUUUCAGCAGCUUGAGAACGACCGCUGCUGCCUCCGUUAAAGAUCGUACUACGAGUAGAAAAGAAGAAGACUGCGAAAAAGCUAGAUUUUUCUCCAACGACAGCUCGAGCGAUUCCGAUAACGAAACGUGUAGCUCGGAGAUGGGAUGGAGUUUUGGUAGCUUUUGUCAAGACGAUAAGUUGAGCAGCGGUUUGAGUAGAGCGACGACUGAGGAAAGCGUUCGAAAAAGUAACACGAUCAAGAAAGGUGUUAACGAAUCGAUUGGCAAGGCUGUGAAUGUGAAACCCUUCGUGUCGAGUUCGAAUAGAAAAUUAGUUACGGAAAAAUUUGGCGAUAUUGUGAGCACGUUGAGGAAACCAGGACAUCAUGUCGGACCGUCCAAAAAUUCCGAUUGCUUGUGCGAUAAUUGUAGAUUUUUCUUCUGCAAAAAAUAAACUCGCGUGUUUCGUUACAUUACAUAAUUAAUGAUAUUUUGACGACGACAAUUGUGAUAUUUUGUAAUACAUUUACAUAUUUUUCUUUUUACGAGGAUUACACGUUUCAAAUAAUACAA